AUGUUAAGAGUGAAGAAACUGGACUCGUAUUGGAACGACCUCUAUGUGAGACCCUAUGUUCGAUGUGGGCCAUUCAUAGUAGGAGUGGCAGUUGGAUACCUGCUAGUAUAUUUGACACGGAGUAAAAAAUGUAACACUUUGGAGAUUUCAAAGAAAUAUGUGGUAAUUGGUUGGUGCAUUUCGACAAUACUUGGACUCUACGCAAUCUUUGGUCUUUACGAUUACGCACGAACAGGAGACAUUACCGAAUGGUGGAAAGCUCUGUACAUCAUUUCUGGAAGACACUCGUACGCCAUCGCUUUAGGAUGGGUCGCCUUCGCGUGCGCUACCGGUAACGGAGGUCCUGUCGGAACUUUCCUUAGCUGGAAGUUCUUCAUGCCUUUGUCAAAAAUUACCUUUUGCGCGUACCUUCUCCAUCCGAUCAUGCUACAAAUCUACAACUUGAGUCGACCCCAACCAUUCCACUUUACGACAUUCUUCCAAAUGGUAAGUGAGCUAGUUGAAGGGGGAGUAGGGAUUACAAAUGUUCUGUGUUUAGCUCCAGCACACGUUUGA